UUUCCAUUUGUUGUUGCAAUCGGUCUUUUCACUCGACAGUAGAAGGCUGUAGGUAGUUGAGAAUGACUGUAGUUCCCACGUAGUCGGAAAAUUCAGUCACAGCCAGACUGAAUGAUUUGCCUUCGACAUUCAAGUAAACGAAAAAAGCAAUUUCCAAUCAGCAUUAGCGAGUUAGUGUAGAAACAGCAGCCUUAGAUUACUGUUAGAAUUCGUCCAUCAUUAUAGAAAAGUCGUGCCGGAAAGAAAAACCAAAGAAUCCAGGAUGCGUUGUGCGGUGUGCAAUUACUACACCUGGAGCUAUUUUAUCGCUUUUGCGGAAAUUUUCGUUUCUUUCGAGGUGGCAUCCGCACUGCUGCAAUGCUCCCGGGAGCUGAACCGUGAUAUCGCUUGUUAUGACGUGGAACCGGUCGUUGUGAUGCUGGUGUUGUACAACUUUCUGUCGCUGACCCUUAUCAUUGGAGUGUUUAAACGCAUGGAAAAAUUACUGCAAAUAUAUCAAACCUGCACCAUCACGUUGAAAGCGUCUGCAAUCAUACGAAAAGCGGUCCUUUCCGCCACGGAAUACAAUCAGAACAACAUGGAGAAAACGGCCACGGAAAUGAAACUUGUCAUACUACUAACUUUGAUCUUCACCUUGGAAGCGCUUGUGGUGGCCGGAGCUUGUCGAAAAAUGCGCCGUGAGAAAGAAGAACCCCUGUAUUAUUUCGAUGUCGUCUGAAUGAACCCAACGGCUGCUACGUAUUCUAUCAAUCCUUCAAACGUAGUGGAAGUUGACUUAACGUGGUCCAGCGACUACCGUACGCUACCAAAAUCCGGUGGGACUCCUUGAAAUUAACCCUUUCGUCCAGACAAUAUAUACAAAUAUUUACAUAUGAACAUUUAUACGACAAGAGUUUCAUACCUUCCCCCGUUUUACGCGCAAUAUGGUAACAGAAUGCUUUCCUGUCAAUUUAGCGGAUUUCUAAUGAUAUUGCAGUAGGUAUACGUAGUGAAUCGAGUAAUGUAGUACGCGUGCCGAAGCAGCUCAACCGUUUUAUGCCAAACUCGAUUGAAAGAACGCUUAAAUUCUAUACCAAAAAUAUAAAAAUGACAACCUAAACGA